AUGGGAGGAAGCCGAGGAGGAGGAGGAGGAGGAGAGGUCAUUUCUCUGCUUCUGGUACUGCUCGUUCUCGCCACCUGUCACUCCGCCUUCGCCAUUCGCGACGGGUUGCUGAGGAACGGCAACUUCGAGCUGGGACCGAACGCCACAUCCCUCAAGGGCACCGAGGUCCUCGGUCGAUUCGCGAUCCCCGAAUGGGAGAUCUCGGGUUUCGUCGAGUACAUCAAGUCCGGCCAGAAGCAGGGCGACAUGCUUCUGGUCGUCCCUGAGGGCGCCUUCGCGGUGAGGCUGGGCAACGAGGCCUCGAUCAAGCAGCGGUUUAAGGUGAUCAAGGGCAUGUACUACUCGCUCACGUUCAGCGCGGCUCGAACCUGCGCGCAGGAGGAGAAGCUCAACAUCUCGGUGGCUCCGGACUCAGGGGUGCUGCCGAUGCAGACCAUGUACAGCAGCAACGGGUGGGACUCGUACGCUUGGGCUUUCCAGGCCGAAUACGGGUACGCGGAUAUCUUGAUCCACAACCCUGGUGUUGAGGAGGAUCCUGCUUGUGGGCCGUUGAUCGAUUCGAUUGCCAUCAGGGCUCUGUUCCCUCCUAGGCCCACCAACAAGAACAUAUUGAAGAACGGGGGAUGGGAAGAAGGUCCCUACAUCCUCCCCAACACAUCGUGGGGAGUCCUGAUCCCUCCCAACAUCGAGGACGACCACUCCCCGCUCCCCGGAUGGAUGGUGGAGUCCCUGAAGGCCGUCAAGUACAUCGACUCCGAUCACUUCUCCGUCCCCCAGGGGAAACGGGCGGUCGAGCUCGUGGCCGGGAAAGAGAGCGCCAUCGCCCAGGUGGCCCGGACCAUCCCGGGCAAGGCCUACACCCUGACCUUCGCGGUCGGGGACGCGAGCAACGCGUGCGCGGGCUCGAUGCUCGUCGAGGCCUUCGCGGGGAGGGACACCCUGAAGGUGCCCUACACAUCGAACGGGAAGGGCGGGUUCAAGCGGGCGGUGCUCCGGUUCGUGGCGGUCUCGACCCGGACCCGGGUCAUGUUCUACAGCUCGUUCUACCACAUGCGGAGCGACGACUUCUCGUCACUGUGUGGGCCCGUCAUCGAUGACGUCAAGCUGCUGAGCGUACGCGGCAACGGGCGCGUGUGA